GCUUCGGCGGAAGGUUCAAUUGUUGGUCAACCAUCGCGAAGAGUGGUUGCGCGUGGUAACACUCGGCACGGAUAGAAGCGCGUGCUUCGUUUCGCGAUCGGUGCGUGCACUAAGGGGGCUAAGACUUGUGCGUUCGGCGACGACGUCGCGCUAACCGACCACCAUCGUGCGAGAACGUGCAGCAAGAUGAAACGUACGCGCGCGUCUAACCGACCGGCAGUGACGUGGUGAAUCUAGUUUUGCUCGGUUUCUUUUUUUUUUCUGGUUUUGCGCGGUUAUUGUACCGUGAGUAAAGAGCCAAACCCCGUUAAACGUCCGUGUUGUAAACGCGCAGUGACCGAGAGAAAAGCAGAAAGAGAGAGAGAGAGAAAACACCUUCCCUUGUUGUUGUUCUUGUCGUUUUUUUUUUCCCCCCUCAUUCGCCUCUCUAACGUGUGCACGCGGAGGAUAUUCACGUUGGGAACACAUCUCGCUGGCUGUGACUCGCGCUCGCAAGUGAAAUCUCUUUCUCCUUUCUUUCUUCCCUUUUCUUUCUUUUUCGUGUGGCUCGACUCAACGAGGGAAACACAGAGAAAGAGAGAGAGAGAGAAAGAUUACCGCUCGUGUGGCUUGCUCUGGUCAUCCACCUUGGUGGUCGCGACGCUUCGUCGUACGACCACGGACGAAGACGAGAAACAGUUGUUGUUUUUUUAUCGUUUUGGAAUUACCCGAGUGCAUCAUUUUGCUUUUCGUUCAGUUGACGUACCGUCGACCGGACAGCAGCGGCCAUGACGGCGGACAGCUUGUUCGAGACUACCAGCAUCCCAGGGCAUCUCGCUCCCACGCCCCAGAGAUUGGAGAGGCUUCUCUCGAAACAGACCCUCGAGGAGCUGUACGAGGUCGAGGAACAACCUUUCGCACGAGGCAAAUACGCGACGGUGAGGAGAUGCCGGGAGAGAUCAAGCGGGAGGCAGUGGGCCGCGAAAUUUCUGAGGAAGAGGAGACGGGUGCAAGAAUUGAGGGCGGAAGCGCUUCACGAAGUCGCGGUGCUGGAUGCCGCGGCCAACUGUUCCCGUUUGGUUUCCUUGCAUCAGGUGUUCGAAACGAACACGGAGAUGGUGCUGGUUUUGGAAUUGGCUCCUGGCGGUGAAUUACAAAUGAUACUGGACCGAGACGAAGUUCCAGAAGAGCGACAAGUUGCCAGACUGCUGAAGCAAAUUUUGGACGGGAUAGCCUUCCUGCAUUCUCUGAACGUGGCCCAUCUCGACAUCAAGCCUCAAAAUCUGGUCCUGACCGGCGAGUUCCCGGACUGCGACGUGAAACUUUGCGACUUUGGUAUCUCGCGGUACAUCAGCCACGGCGCGGACAUACGGGAGAUUCUGGGCACGCCCGAUUACGUUGCUCCCGAGGUGUUGAGCUACGAACCGAUCAGCUUGGCAACAGACAUGUGGUCCAUCGGAGUUCUGUUGUACGUAUUGCUAACGGGAUGCUCUCCGUUUGGUGGUGACACGAAGCAGGAAACGUUCUGCAACAUUAGCCGAUGUCGCCUAGAUUUCCCCGACGAUCUGUUCGAGGAUGUCUCCGAAGAGGCGCGCGAUCUCAUGCGCAAACUGAUGGUCAAGAAUCCAAACGAACGCCUGACGGCCACCGAGUGCCUGCAACACCCAUGGUUCAGCAUGUUCGACGACCCUCAGCCGCCAUUAUCCUCCGCCUGCCCAGCACUGGACCAAUCGUCCAUCCAAGACGCCUCGUCGACAGAAACAAAUUCGUUCUCCAAGGCUGCCGCAAACGACAACCACCAAACAACAACGGUGUCCUCCGUACUCAAGACCGACGCCGAGAAACAAAGAUCGUCGACCACCUGUCAAACGAUCGAAGCGAAACCAACAGCAAACAGAGCUGUCUCGUCCCACACGGAGAACCUGUACACGAAAUCGAAGCUGUCGCCUAAGCCGAGCCGGUUCGGCCUGAGCUCCGAUCGCAGGGACACGUUCAAAAGGAACAUGGACACUCUGGCGCAGAAAUUCUCAGGAACGGAGAUCGUGAUAAUCGAGCCGGUGACCUCGUCCGGCGCCACGAUCAACACCUCGGGCGUAACAAGCGGCACGCAGAGAAGAGCAACGGCCACGCACACAAUGCCAGCUGGCGAGGUGUUUAAGUGCACGCCGGUGUUCAUCCUCGGCGAGGAGCAACAGUGCAGCGACAGCGGCAGCGACUCGGUCUCGGAGAUAUCCACCGACAGUUCCAGCGACCGAAGCAGCAUCUACUCGGACGACUCGUUGGAUUUCAUCCUGUACGGGAAGGGCCAGGGUAGGGCCAGUUUCCCGUUCUCAGCCUCGGAAGCGUCUUCGGACAGAUGGGAGCAGAGGCACCACACGAGAGUAUGGCCGAGAGAGUGCAACGGGGUGGUGAGCAAAGCUCUCAGCCGUUUCUCCUCGGAGAGUUCCAACGCGAAGUUCGGCAAGGCGACCACACCGCCGACCACCGUCCACGGGAAGACUGGAUUGGAGGCGCUUCGCGAAAGAGGCGGGAACUUGGUGGUGAUCCGCGAGCCCGUGAGAGCCGGCAGGUACACCAGAUACAGCGAAGUACAGUGCGAGUCGGUGCAAGCGCGGAUUCGACGAUUUCAGGUCCACGGAGCUUCGUAGGCGACGAGGAGCAACGUGGAGGGUUUCUGUUCGAGCAGCUUUGCCUGUCAUCGGUCCUCCCCCCCGAUGAGGAGCCAACGCGGCAGUUUUCUUUGUAUAUAUUUCGUUACGCUGUACAGUAUAAAAUAUACAGUAAAAUAGUUUGGUAAAGAGCGCGUUGCAAGCGAUCGGUAGCCGAGGAAUUAUCAUCGUCGGGUGAAAGGCCAUUUCAUUUCUGCACGUAGGCGUAUUCACCGGGUACCGAUCGCUUGUGGAUCGCCAUCUGUAAAUAUGAUAGAUAUCCGGACGACCGAGAUUCUACGAGAGAACACGGUCGACUGUAGUCGUGUUAACUCUAGUUUUCAGAGUUCUGUCAUAGGUGAGCUUAACGAUUGAUUGUCGUACGGUGAUUCGUGAGAGUGUUUGGAUACUAGCUGUUAGGGGAAUUUUAAUGAGCACAGUCCGUAGUGAAGGUUGAACAAAUUCAACGAUAUAUGUAUACCAAUUGUUCAACAAGCAUCUCUUUGAUGAUUAAUCGUCAAUUAAUCCUUCAAGAAACUCAAUGAUUUAUUUUUGUUGGAAAUAAAUCACGCUUAUAUUUGCAAGGCGUUAAUUUAUAAAUUGUAAAUUGUAAAAGUUUAGUGAAAAAAGCAUAAUGUCACAGAUUACAAUUAUAAUAGAUUUGUAAUAAAAUGUAAUGCAAUCGAUUUCUCAAUGUUUUUGAGAGUUAUGAAAAUCACAUGCGGUAACUACGAUACAUAAAAUGGCAAGUUAUCCUUACGCUGUGCAUUUUGAGAAAUAUUAUGGAAAAAUUGCAUCAAUUGCGGUAAAUAAACAGCGUAAGGGCAAUUUAUAAUAUCAUUUAAUAACAGCAAUGGAAAGCAAAAAAUGUCUUCUUUUAUAACGCCAAGAAAAUGAUUGGAUUAUAUAAAAAUUUAAAAAAAAAAAGGAAUGAAAAUGAUCGGAUGAGAAGUAUAUUUUAUGGUAAUGGAAUAAAAAGGUAUGCAUAUCAUCGAUUAAACAGAGUUUAUAUAACAAUUAUUGAUGCUCCUACAAAGUAAUUUUUCUCCACGUGGACACGUGGUGGACAAUGAUGACAUAAUUUCACGAAAUCUCAGUGUAGACACACAUUUCUUUAAUGACAAAUAAAUUCGUAGAAAUUCCCUGCGACAGGUGCUUGUGAACACUCUCGCGAAUCAUUGUACGUUAAAUGAUCCGAGAUGGCAGCAAGCAUUUCAACGAUAGAUCGCGAGAGAGCGAGACGUAUCGACAGCUCGUUGUCUGCCAUUACCGAUAGACUGACCGGCCGUCCUUUCGAAGAACUGCGAAGAAAGAAAAUAAAAAAGAAAAAAGAAAAAAAAAAAGAAAAUCGAGCGCGAGUCAGUGCGCGUUCGCUGCAUCGAGUUGCUCGCGAAACGAAAGUCCAUGCACCGCGGAAGAUCGAUUCCCGUCUCGUUUCGCGGCCUCCGUGAGAUGGAAACUAGCAAUUGCUUACGUAAUUGGUAAAUGUCAGGCAUAUGUCAGUUCUCCGUUCGGAAUUCUAGAGUAACAGUGAACGUAUGCGCUCGCGCUCAGAAAGUCUUUGGACAUGCUUCAUUUUUUUCAUUAAGCCAUUACGAUUAUUACUCCCUCUUUGCUUUCCAAUUGUGAUUUAUCUACUAAAUCAAUAAAAUCGAAUGUUCUAACUUUCGUAAUAAAUUUCUCCUCAUGUUGCAACAUUACGGUCCAUGAAAAGCAUUAAGGCAACAUGUUUGUUAAAGUAAGAAAAUGACACAAUGUCACCAGACGUUAUAACAUUAAACAUUAAAACACAGCGAAUCUUGGUUUUGAAUUUUUUUCAAUUUUGAUAUAAAUGUAGUUGCUUCGUCCCAAGGUUUCUGAGCAGCGUAAUCGAGCAAGUAAAAGUAAAUCGGUAUCGCGAGCGACUCGAUGCUGAUUGCGAGUGGCGAGUUUGCCCAACCUAGCCAUAAUAUUGUUAGCGUAGAUGGUACGUGAUAGCUCGAAUUGCCUGUGCGUCCGUUCGACGGAUCACGCUAAAAUCGAGAACCGAUAACUUUGGGUGCCUUUACUGUAUACGUUUAAGAGAAGUCGCGUGUCAAUCGCUUGAGCCGUUAAUGACCAAGCACAAUGGAACGGAAACGAUAAAAUUAACAAAUAAUUAUUGUGUGUCAUUCGCUGAAGAACGUUGUAUUUCUCUUGCUAUUUUCUGGACUGCGAAUUUUUAUGCAAUUAUAAGAAACUUAAUUCUCUAAAGGCUACUCUAGAUGAUGGUUCAUGGUAGUUACGUUGUUUUUAAAUUGAAAAUAUUAAUAAAAUUGAAAUUGCGAUUAUUAGAAUGGUGGUAGAAUGGAAUAGUGAUUGAAACAAGAUUUCACUCGUCGUAACUUUCAGAUGAAAAGAAAAAAGAGAAAAAAAGAAUGUAAAACACUGCUGUGCUAAAAAUACUGUAUUCGACAAAUCUCUGUUCAUUCGUUACAUUAGAUCUCUGUCGCACAAAUAUUCGCAGUCUAGGAAUCACAAUCGUCGAAAGAUAGAAUUCGCUGAUGUACAUUGACUGAAAAAUAUUGCAACAUUAUCGCUCUUAACUAUUUCGAGGCUGGUUGAUGACGCGCCGUGUGCGUCAUGCGACAAACCGAAUUAAAUUAAAGAGAAAGAGAGAAGAGAAUGUCGUCUCAAUAGUUUUCUAGUUACGUGCCGGCCUCGAAAGUGUUAAUGAGCGGCGAGUUCUCUAAUUAAUAAUGUUAAGCGCAUGUAUAGUUACUCACGAAAGUAUUCCAACGCUUGCGAACACCUUUUACGAAUAUAUCGUGUGUACAUAUAUUAUAUGAAACGUUUUGAUACUUCAUUAAUAUCGUAACGAUUGUGGUGAUCUAAAUUUGUAACAAAUCUAAAAAAAAUGUAUAUAGAAAUUACGAGAUAUUUGGCGCAAAUCUAUAUAUUGCUCAGAUAUUAUUGAGAGAAGUAUCGAAGCCAGUUAUCCAUUAUAUGGAUAAAUUUCAAUAUUCAGUGGAACCAUUUUUAACCAGAUGGUUAAUUUAUACUAAGUGUCAACCUUUUACUCGAAGAGAUUGCUAUAACAAUUAUAGCAUUUUCGAGAAUAAUCGCGCCAUUUUUCGAUAUAAUCUCUCAAAAAUUCUGCCCGCGAAUAAUAAUUUAUGAAGACAAGAUAUCUUUUACAUCUGAAUAACUGCAUGGAGCUGAUUCAAUUCUCAUCGUUUCCUUCGAUACAAUAUAUAUAAAAUAUCUCGUAACCUGUACGUACCGAUCACACAGUCGCGAUGCGAUCUGUUACGUGCAAGUGUCAACGUAAUUUAAUUCAGCGACAAAUGUUCGAAUACUUCCGCGAGCCAUUGUAAAUAUAUACGUAGAUGUAUCGCGAUCUACGCGGCGUAGAAUCUCGCGUGUACGAGUUGUUUCUGCGCGUACGAUGGACCGUACGCGAUUGAUCGCUAGCUCAUAGUGCCUACAUACUUCAUUUUUCCGUUCGUGUCGAAAGAGGAGCGCAACUUGAGCGGAAGUGCAGCAUGGCGAGAGAGAACGAAUCGACGAAGAAGGAGGAGGAGAAUCGCGAACGCGAGGUCGAAUCUCUCAAGGUUUUGAACUUGAAGAGUGCCUUAGCCGUACGGACGAUUUCAAUCAACCGCGCGUCCGGCGAUCGAUCGAAAUUGAGAGCCUAGACUAGCUUUAGGCGUCUCCAAUUCUUCUCCGUUGGAUCGGUGUUCGUCUAUCGAUGGAGAUCGAUCCGACGCCUCGUGUCCCAACGGCCUGCCCUUGCCUCAUUGUCGUCGACAAUCGACAAAUUUGAUAAAGAACCUUGACCUGUUAACCGAGCUACUUCCAAUGAGAAUGAGAAUGAAAACUUGAAAAUAGAAAUUGUGACGAGCGUAACGAGAUAAUUUGGCAAGAUUCUUGCAAAUAUUUGGAUACCGAUUGAAUGGCACUUGGUCCUUGAAUCGUAGGUUCUAUAAUCGUAGGUCAUGAUAAAACCCUUGGCACGUGUUGCAGUUAAAUUGAUUUUGAAUUUGGAGUGAAAUUUCUUAUUUCAGGGCAGUUAUAUUAGAAUCAUGUUUAACACGUUACAAAUAAAGGAAUCAAGUGAAGUAAUGAAAAUUUUUGGAAUUUCUGAACAGAGGUAUUAUCCUCUCAGUCAAAAGUAAAAUUUCAUUUAUUAAUUUCCACCAUUUGUACAGACGACAAGAACUUGUACUCGAAUAAAUGAUUACAGUUUCCUUUUAAUUCCGCAUUAUCGGUUAACAGAUUAUCGUUCGAGAAAUGUCUUCCUUUCUCCCUCUGUAUAUCUACAUUAUCUAUCAUUAUCGCGAGUCGAAGAAACUUUAUUAUUCAUUAAUAUCAAAUCGACCGGUCAAUCCUUCGAACACAGCCAGGGCAAGUCUCGUUACGAGAAGUGGAAGUCUCGAUCGAGAGUUCAGCUCGAGGGAUCACGAUCUUUUCAAUUCUACGCGAUCACGAGACACGCGAAUGUACAUGCAAAUAUGUGUUCUAAACGCGUGUAGUCCGAAGUCUGAAGGCGAACGCCGUGAAGAAAAUCUCGUGGAGCGUCUAUACUUUCAAUGGAUCAAAGUGGAACGUUCUGUAAAUGCUAGUCACACACACACACACACACGCGCGCGCGCGCGCGCGCGCGCACACGUACACACAACACACAUACAGUUGCUCGUCCUUCUGUACGAAUUCGUUCGUAUAUCUCUUUCAACCGAUCGCGUCGAAUCGCAGUGAAAUGAAAUUCGAACGAACAAACACGUGCCUUCACAGAGGAAUUAACAGGAAGAAUAAUCGAGCACGCAUGAUCGAAAUGACAAGAAUCGCUGAGAAACGUUGACGCCGAAACGAUCGAUCGAUCGACGCGAGAGCACUAAGGCGGAGAUGCCUUAAAUUUUUUUGGGGAAUUCGAAAUCGACCGAAUCGAAUCGAUGUGAAUCACUCGAGUUCCUCGUGGAUCGAUGAACGAUUUUGGAAGCGCUGCUCUCUCUCUCUCUCUUAUGUUGUAUUGAUUUCCGAUUCACAUAAACGUGGAAAUUAGAAAUCGGUGAAUAAAAUGUAAACAGUGUUCUAGAAAUACUUGUCUGUCAGCUUUCGAUUCACGAAGACGAGUGUUUAGACGCCAUUUCGAAUUUUCGAUUAGAGUUGUGUAACAUUAUCAUCUUUCGAGCAGAGUUAAAAGCUGUCAGCAAGUGGAAGUUGAAAAUCUCGCGAAGUUAAUCAGGUAAAUUGAUCAUUGUUUUAAAUGUUUGAUGAUGUUUGCAGCGAGUUACCGCGAGUAAUAACGUUCUGACAAUGUUGUUAGAAGACGACGAGUACGGUGUGAAAUUUCAUUCGUGACAGGUUUGAUUAAAACUAUCGAUCUUUGAUGCCUAACCUAAAUAUUUUGCAAUUUCCUUCUCGUGUUUAACGCUACGACAGCACGUUACUUUGACAAGUAACAAGUUCUGUUCAAAAUUUACAAAAUCACCAGUUACUACUAGACUAUCAAUAUUCACUUGAUCUUAUAUUUCCAUUUAUAUAUUCAAUAAAAAAAAAAGAAAAAAUUAAAUAUAUCAAAUAUUGUAACAAAUCCUCCACUUUUGAUAGUUUAUAUAUUGUUUCAUAUUACGUACGUCUCGUAGAUGAAUCACAAAGUCUUUGAAACUUACUCUCAAAUUUCCCAAAACUGCAGAACGUCCAUGAUCUAGCUGUACGAUGCGAGAGGGUUAAUUUCUGAACUAAAAGAGUUCCGUUUCGAACGUCAGUAGAAUCGAGUAAUCCUUCUUACACGAAAUAGUAUGAAAAUACCAGUGUCGAAACGAAAUGAACAUUGCGCCAUUUUCGCGUCGAACGCGGUUCGAUCGUAAGCGUCAACGAUGAAAACGAUUCGAAGGUACCGUGGAUAUAAAAAAAUAUCCGCAGCCUAAUCGCCACCGUGUGAGCGUUCGUCCUUUUUGAAAUUCCAAGAGAGAGACGCACACCAUGCACCGAGAUACGGGAACACGAGCGACGAAGAGAACGCGAAUCUGAUGCGAAUGUAUGAAUAUAUAUAUAUGUAUGUAUGUAUGUACGUAUAAAUAAUAUCCUUUCGUAAAGUGUGAAUACAACGAGCGUGAACGAAUGAAACCGAAAAGAAAAAAUGCGUGCGUAUGUAUGUAUGUAUGUUGCGUGAAUUCACGAUUGCCUCUGAGAAUCAAAGAAAAUCAUAGAGACCUGUAUAAUGUACGUUAGUUUUGCUAUGUGAAUGAUAGAGAGAGAGAGAGAGAGCGAGAGAGAGAGAGAGAGAGAGAGGAAGAGCGUGAAGAUACCGAGCACGGAGCAGCCGGUGUUCGCCACUUCUCGAGGCCGAUCCGUCGUUAUUUAUUUCCGUGGACUUUCCUCGCGCCGGUAUCGUAUUUAAUUAUCCCCGCGUGUCGCGUUUUAUCCUCGUGGCUUUACAGUCGGAUCGUUGACCCUCGUAGAAGGGCGGUGCCGUUUCUCAACCCUUUUAUUUUCUUUUUUUUUUUUCUCCCUUUUUGCUCGGACAUGCCUUGUUCUCCGAUUCAAUCAAUUUAUCAAUAAUAAUGUUAUUAUUAUCAUUAUCAUUAUUAUAAUUAUUAUUAAUAUUAUUAUUACUGCUACUAUUAUUAUUAUUAUUAUUGCUAUUAUUACUAUUAUUAUUAUUAUGUUAUUAUCGUAACGUUAUUACUUUCGAGGUUGAUCAUCACGGAUGAGAAAGUACCGCGUAUGUAGUUGUUAUGUGAGACUUUUCUGUAAAUAUUUCUCUGUCAUUGUAUUAAUUUUAAUAAUAACGUGCGAAAUAAAUCAUUCGAUCCAAUCA